AUGAUAUCGUUUCCGUUUCUAAAUUCUUUUCGCGUGAAAUGCUUGAUUGCUGGUCUGCUGGCGUUCAACGCGAUCUUCUUAGUACGGCGUUUCCAUCUGAAUGACUUCUGGACUCGGAGAAUCGUGGACUAUGGCGCCGGCAACGCGACAUUAGGAUUUGCAGCACUCCUCGCGGUUGCGCCCCCAACAGCUCCUCCACGAUACCGAUGGCGAAAAGAUGGCCUACUGAAAGCCGCUGCGUAUACUGGCCUCAAUAUCCAGAUUCCCGUGCAGCCGGUGUGGACAGACGAGGACACAAAUGCUAUCAUAGCUAAACACCCGAUGUCGAAGGGGGGCGCAAUGUCAUGGCUCGGUCAUCUGAACGCCCUGAAAACAGCCGCAACACACGCGACGUCCCUCAUACUGGAAGACGACGCGGAUUGGGACAUCGGAAUUAGGUUGGAGAUGCCAAUAAUAGCGGAGGCGGUGCGAAACUUGACGAGAUACAAGACGCCUGUCCAAGAGCCAGGACAGCCCGCAUUCCACAUGCCUCCAUAUGGGACGGAAUGGGAUGUCUUGUGGCUGGGCCACUGCGGCGAGAACGUUGUCUACGACCCAAAGCCCAUAACUUUCGCGGAUCCCACCGUGCCUCCGUACAUCAACUCCUGGGAGGGGGCCGUGUCGCCUGAUCCAAAACACACCCGCUGGAUUCACUUCUCUGCAGGACCCAUCUGCACAUACGCAUACGCGAUCACCGCGGAGGGCGCAAAGAAAAUACUAACGCGCGAUGAUCAUGGCUCUGAGGGCUUCGACAUCUGGCUACACAUACGUUGCAAGGGACAAGAGUUGCGCUGUGUCAGUGUCAACCCGGAGCUCUUUCACCACCACGAGAUCGCCGGAGAGAAGGACAGUCUCAUCAACGGACCGUCGGAAGAUAAUAAAGACGUGGUCGAGCAGGAAAUGACGGACAACAUUUGGCAUAGUGCCAGAUGCAACAGCGCUUCGCGGUCGAUGAAACUGGUGACCUGUAUGGGUCCCAAACCCAGCCCCAAGGAAGAAUGA